GGGCUUUUAUCAAAAUACAAAAAAAGCCUCCCGCUAAUUUUGAAAUUACUAUUUAUACCAAUUUUGGCGGAUACUUUUUUCCAUUUGCAGCAAUAAUUAGGGUUUCAAAUUCGGAGAAGUUUCUAGAAAGAUGAGUGCCGUCAACAUUACGAACGUCGCCGUACUGGAUAAUCCGGCGCCGUUUCUCAGUCCUUUCCAGUUCGAGAUCUCUUAUGAGUGCCUCGAUGCUCUUCAAGACGAUUUAGAGUGGAAGUUAACUUAUGUGGGAUCUGCUGAGGAUGACACUUACGACCAACUCCUAGAAAGUGUAUUUGUUGGACCUGUAAAUGUUGGGAAAUAUCGUUUUGUGCUUCAGGCUGAACCUCCUGAACCAUCCAAAAUCCGCGAAGAAGAUAUUAUUGGUGUCACAGUAUUGCUAUUAACUUGCUCAUACGCUAGUCAAGAAUUUAUUCGAGUAGGAUAUUAUGUGAACAAUGAUUAUGAUGAUGAAAAAUUAAAAGAGGAACCCCCUCAGAAGGUUUUGAUCGAUAGGGUCCAGAGGAAUAUUUUGGUUGACAAACCUCGAGUCACAAAAUUCCCCAUUAAUUUCCAUCCAGAAAACGAUGAAAAUGGAGAACAAGCUCCUCCUCCUGACAAUACUGAAGAAGAAAAUGUGCUUGGAGAAGAACCAGUUUCUUCACCCAAUCAAUGUAACGAGAAAAGUCCUCAAACUUGAGAAACAAGAAGCAAGAUGGUCGCUUUGGCUGUCAAAUUCUCCCUUCAGAGUUUGAUAUUUUAAUGUAUUCUACCAUCUUGUUAUGAUCUACAAUUCUACACACCAUAGAUGGUUAAUUUAAUUUCUGCAUCAAAAUGUACACAUCAAUUGCCGUAGUCAUAGCUAAGCCGAGAGCCUGAGACAGUGAUUCUCAAUCCAAACGCUGAUUUGUAAGCAGAUUGAAUUGCGUAUGAUUUCUGCAAAUGUUUUAUCUUUGAUUAUUAUACUAGCUACUUUUCCAGUC